AACAAACAGCUAGAACAGAUGUGGCAGAAGGUCUCCAGAUAACCAUAACAACCUACAAUGACACCAGCUUCAAGGUAUCAUACAUUACAGACGAAUUGAUUGAUAUAAUAUUUGACAAGGAAGUAACUGCCCAAAGAAUACGCAUAACAGGAUCAUUGGUCGAGUCGAUUUGUGAGGUCUACAUCAGUGGGGGUAAUCCAUUUUUUUUUCAUCUUAAAAUGAAUAAUUGUAUCAAUAAUAUAUGAAAACCGUUGAUUUAUCGCAAGCUUCUAAUUUAUUCGAAAAAUUAAAUCUAUUGUUUCUUCAAUCACAUAUACCUUUUAUUUUGCUUUUUUCAACUUGAACGCAUACAUAACAUUAAUAACAAAAAUUGACACAGAUGUUAACGUCAAAAGUAUUUUGUAUUUAUUUAAUUUUUUCACUAUAAUUAUUACUAAUUGUGUCUUGUGAUGUUUAAAUAUGCCUUUGUAUUUGAUUUUUAACAAAAACUACCAUUAGAAUUGUUAUGUGUAUGAAUUCUUUUUUUUUUUUUUCUUUUAAAUAUAUUAUUAUUAUUACCUUUUUAUGUUAUUGUAGGUAGCAAUGUUGCAAUUCAGAAAAAUGCAACCCAGUCGGGUAUAUUUACAGAGAAAGAUUAUUUUUAAAUAUUCCUUUGUAUUUGAUUUUUAACAAAAACUACCAUUAGAAUUUUUUUGUUUAUUAAUUCUUUUUUUUUUUUUUUCUUUUAAAUAUAUUAUUAUUAUUACCUUUUUAUGUUAUUGUAGGUAGCAAUGUUGCAAUUCAGAAAAAUGCAACCCAGUCGGGUAUAUUUACAGAGAAAGAUAGAUCCCUUGCAUCAAAUGCAGUGGAUGGAAACAGAUUAACUGACUGGAACUAUGGGAGCUGUAGCCAUACAGACCAAUUAGGAGCUUACAUUUUGGGUACACAUAGUUGGAGCG